GGAACAACCCCUAGAAGAAAGAAAGCCUGAAUGAGAAGCGAUAAUACACCUCAAACAACAGCAUAUUAUUUGCUAUACUGGUUAUUUAAAUCUUAAUAGCUAUACAGACCUGGUUGUAGCUAUAUUGAUGGCUGCUUUUAGUAACCUCAUUAGCUGAAUUUUCUAUUUAUUGACACAGACCAGCAUAAUAUUACAGGGCAUUAUAAAUACAGGAUAUCAAGAACUUCAGUUUGGCAAGACUUUCUGUAAUGUUUGUCUGCCAGUAUGAAAGGCCCACUUCUCCUCAGUGCAACAAACAAGCAGCAUCUACUUGCACAUGCUUCAUUGACAACUUUGUGGAACCUAUAGAAAGACUCAGCAAUCCUUGCAAAAGCUUUCUUCACAGUAUAUUCAGGCCAAAUACAUACCGACAUGACUGCACACCAGAAGCAAAGCCCUGAAGAAGAAUAUAAUGCCCUAAAACAAGAAUUUAAACAUUACCAAAACCUGCAUUGUAAUCAACUAAUAUUGUCAGGUGAGCUAAACAAGAAAAAGCAACUGCUCCUGGCAGAGCUGAACAGCAUGAGAACUGCAAAUGAUGUCAAGCAGGUAGAAAUCCAGUCCUUGCAAAUGAAAAUAAAGUCAACAAAGGCCUCUAUAACACAAAAAGAGAAGAACAUCAGUGACAAAAAGCAAAAAAUUCAGCAAUAUAAGGGGACUGUAGACAGGUGGACUACCCUAGGGAAGAAUCUCCAAAGUGCCAGAAAUGAGUGUGACAAGCUAGUCUUAACCUACCGGUCUUUCAUUGCUCCGGAAGAAAUGGACCUCUCCCAGUCCUCACCUCUUGAUGAUGAUGAUGAUGCAGCUGCUGCUGACCAGGCUUUAUCUGAUGAACAAGCUGACAUGUCAGGCACAAGCAGGGACACAGCUGGCACAUCUUUGGCCGAGAAAUCGUCAGACAGUGUGGACACGACAGGGGAAAAGGGACAAGAUCCAGGGCACAGUGAUCCCAUACACAAUAUGAUUAAGCAAUAUAUGCCUAAAGUGAUACCACAGGGUGAAACAUGGCCUGCUUUUUGGCUUGCCUUUAUCAGAUACUAUCACCACACUAACCAUGGUAGGGAAAUCAAUGCAGAUUUUGCUGUGGAAUGUCUGCAGUCUGGUAAAAAGCAUAACAUCUUUCCAGAUGAAAGUUCUGCAAACUUACCUGGUGAAAUACAAAACCGUUUAAUUGAGUUAGACCGAACCAAAAAGGCAGUUAUAAGCAGAUUUAUGAAGAGAUUCAGUGUUGACCACUAACUCCUAGUAGCCAAUAACGCAUUUGUUAGAUUAAUGUACCCUAGUUUAGCAAGUGACGCAGACUAUUCCUCACGUUCAUAUACUACAAUUCUUUGAUAUCAUUUUUUAUUGUUUGCAGUUGUGUGUGUUUUUUUAAAUAUAUGCUCACUUUAAUUGAUUCACUUGCCAUUGAUUUAUAUCCUGUGUGUCUAUUGUUUGUUAAAAUAAAAAUAAAAUUUUACAAACAGAUCUUGCCUAACA